AUGAAGCGUUUUGAUAGGGGGAGGAGACACGAGGAGACAGAGACAGAGACAAAGAGGGGCGGAGACGAACAGCAGCAGCAACUGCUGCUGCUGUCUCCUCCCGUUCUCAGUUUACUGUCUCCUCUCUCUCUUAUGAAAGAGGCCCCGAAGCAGGUACUACUGUCUGCUGCUGCAGCAGCAGCAGCAGCAGCAGCAGCAGCAGUUGCUGCAGCAGCAGCAGUUGCUGCAGCAGCAGGAGCGGCAGCAGCAGCAGGAGCAGCUGCAGCAGCAACCGCAGCAGCAACAGCAGCAACAGCAGCAACAGCAGCAGCAGCAGCAGCUGCAGCAGCAGCAGUGGGGCUUUGUCUGUCUGCUACUUUAAUUUGGUGUCUCUGCAGCAGCAACCAACAGUUUGGGUGUAUCGACAGAGGAGGAGACAGUUCGUUUGUUAAGGAGACUAAUUUCUUCUGGCUAUUAUAA